AUGAAUAUCACGAGCUAUGAUCCAAAAGACGGGAUUGCCUUUAUGCAUGGAGAGUAUGUGCCGUUGAAGCAGGCGUGCAUCCCCAUUACCGAUCGCGGUUUCGUUCGGUCAGAUGCCACUUACGACGUGACUCAUGUCUGGAAUGGCUACUUUUUUAGGCUUGAGGAUUACAUAGAGCGUUUCCAUCAUUCGAUGGAGGGCUUGCGCAUGAAACUUCCCUACAGCAAAACUGAAAUUGCCGAAAUUCUACAUGAGCUGGUCCGUCUUUCUGGAUUGAAAAACGCUUAUGUGCAGAUGACUUGCACACGCGGAGUGCCAAAACCCGGUUCGCGCGACCCGCGGGAAUGUGAAAAUCGAUUUUAUGCGUUUGCUCAGCCUUUUGUCUGGAUCGCCAAUGAUGAACAACGCGCCAAUGGCUUGAGCAUGGUUGUAUCUUCGGUACGAAGAAUUCCGGCUGAAUCGGUUGACCCUCGGAUCAAGAAUUUUCACUGGCUUGAUCUCACGAUGGGAAUAUUUGAGGCCUAUGAUAACGGUGCAGUUGUUUCUGUGCUGACCGAUGGCCAGGGCAACCUUACCGAAGGGGCGGGCUUCAAUAUUUUCCUUGUCAAAGACGGAAAGCUCGCCACGCCUGAUAAAGGUGUUUUUGAAGGCAUGACGCGCCGCACGGUUAUUGAACUUGCACAGGAGAUUGAGCUCGAUGUUGAGGUUCGCCCUGUGAAAGUCGAAGAACUGGAACAGGCUGACGAGAUUUUUAUAACAUCGACAGCGGGUGGUAUUAUGCCGGUCACGAAAGUGGAUGGUCAGAUAUAUGGCAAUGGAAAGCCCGGGCCGAUCACGGCAAAGGUUUAUGAAUUAUACUGGGGCAAGCAUGAUGCUUUGUGGCGGUCCGAUGAAGUUAUUUAUGCAGAACAAAUCUAA